AUGCUUCUCAACACACAGAGCACCGUCGUGCUCUCGACUGCCCUCUUUGCGGUCAGCUCGGUAGCGAAAGAUGGCUUCAAGGUUCUUCCUCGCGGCUCAGCCGACGGCACCCUCGUUGCUUGCUACUCUGCAGCUCCUGGAUAUGGAUCCUCACAAAGCUACACCUACCAAAGUUCUGGUUGGUGUCUGGACAAGUGUUAUGCUGCCAACAGCGCCGCAUUUGCCCUAACAGGCGGUUCGACCUGCCUGUGUGGUAGCACAUUACCACCCGACAGCGACAAGGUGGACAGUAGCAAGUGCAAUAAGCCUUGCACUGGUUGGCCUUCAGAUAUGUGCGGUGGCAGCGACUACUAUUCGAUCUACACCACCGGCUAUGAAGACGAUGUCCCAACCUACUCCGAACACACCUCAACUACUACUACUAAGAGCAGCAGCCAAUCGACCAGCACACAAAGCGAUAGCGAUACCGAUAGUGCUAGCACUGCGGUUUCGUCCACGGCUCCUCAGCAGACAACGGAAGUGAUUUCCACCGCCCAAAGCAGCGCAAGCGCGUCUACGGAGGCCAAGACCAAGAGCAGUCAUAACACUGCUGCCAUCGCAGCUGGAGUGGUCAUUGGCGUCGUUGGAUUUGCCGCUCUCUGUGGUGCCGCUUUCUUCUUCUGGCGCUCCAAGCAGAACAAGACAAAUCCUGCUUUCGGGGGUGGCGCUGCUGGUGGCUACGGUCGCGAUUCCAACCCGCCCUCGAUGUCCGACUCUCGAUUUGACGGCGACUACAUGGCACAGCGCCGUCAAAGUAAUGGUAGCAUUGAUGACGACCACGACUUCUCGCGUCGCAUCCUGCAGGUGACGAACCCCGAUCGCUAA